AUGGGUCCUGCCGAUCAGGCAGACAACUCGCCUGAUGGACCUAUCUCACAUGUGCAGGGCGACCUGCACAUAGCUGACGCCUUCCCAUCACCAGCUAGCAUCACGGCUUCUCUCGAGACACCUACGCUCGCCGGAGCACUCGCCGACACAAAGAACCUCUGGACACCACAAAGUCUACUGUCUGAUGGUGCGAAUAUUCUUCCAGCCGAACCCAGUGCAGCGACUGCUGCUGCUCCCUUGAAGACACCGCCCUCCGACCCUUCAUAUUAUACUGACAUGGACACUAUUGUUGGUGGUGCUCUUGCGCCCGUACACACGACCGCACCACAGCACCAACAAUCCAAACCUGGUCCUGGAUUUCGCCUCCCUUCCUUCGAAGCUCUAGGUAUUGCUGCCCCACACCCUGAUCGUUUUGGCCAACACUUCUCCUCCAAUGGCGCUGUAGAGCAGCCACUGGCUCUGCCGAGUGUCAAUACCUCUCCACUAUGCGGACCAUUCGGAAUGGAGUCCUUUGCGCACACGAAAGAAGUAAAGUCGGGAUCUGACCUUAUUGGCGGACCCGCCGUACAGAAUCAAGUACAGCACUUCAUAUCUACACUAACACCACCGGCAGAACUCGGGGAGAUGGACUGGUCGUCCAUAGCCGCUGUUACGAAUAAGCCUAUGGAGUCGCCUGCCACUGAUCCCGGUAACACAAUGUCCUUAGGGUCAGGAGGCGGAGGUCAAGCCGAGGGAGGCGCCUCUCAACAGGGAAUGUUCCCGACUCCCUUUCUGCGUGAUCAACCUGAGUCAUGGCUAGCAGGAGCAUUGCAGACGCUGCUUGAAAGUCUAAGAACGGCACCAGUUCCGAGUAAUCCCAUGCGUGUGCUUUCGCAUGCUCUUCCCAGCCCGUCCGCAACAGGCCACGCAUUCUCCUCCAUACUUGAGCAUAUACACGACUCUACCCCUGGCUCAUCUACCGAGUGGAUCAACGUCUUCCAUGCGAUACCAGGACGGUUCAACUUAGCAGACCUACCUACAUCACCGCCCUCCACCCCGGGACCUCCUAUUGGUGGCGACGAUUACUUUACACAAAAGGUCUUCGACAGCGCUGUCCCGAUCACAGACUAUCAAGGCGAUCUCUCAUCACUACCUAGAUCUCCAAGACCGAUCGUGCCACCUUCGUCCAUUAAUGUCGCCGUCGUCGAGCGUUACAUCCCGCCGACGAGCCACAACGAAUUCAUACAUAUGUUCGACACGCAUGGCCCAUCAAUACUUGUUGAUCGACUUGUCGAGCUCUCACCGAACAACGGCUGUCUAAUUUUCAUAUAUCCGACGAGGACAGGAGCGCACACAUUCAUGACCGACUACCUCGACCCAUUGUGGGCACCACUACUUCGCUCCAUCUGCGUCAGCCAUGGCUUGUCAUCAGACAUGGGCAAGAUCUUGGGUAACAUGUCCGCCGUCGAUCGGCUGUUGGAACACAAAGAUCUUGAGCGCUCAAUAGCACGCCUCUGCGCAAUCCUGACCACCCGGAGUACAGGCCUGCACCGUCUCCAUGGCCGCCAAGCCGAGUUCACGCUCGAGUAUUCUGCAAAGAAAGAGGUCCAGCUGAGCAGAGAAGUGUGGGCACGAGAUUGGUGGACGAAGCAGGAGAAGCCUAGAGUCAGGGAGAUUGUGACGAGGUAUGCGAAUGAGGCGCAGAAGAAGAGUAGUAAUGAGCAUAUCGAGCGGCCCGCGACGCCGGCGGAGCUGAUUCAGCAGCUGCUUGAUGGAGUUGUGAACAAGCCUUAUCCUGAAGAUGAAGCACCCACCAGAGGAAUCGAGGUUGGUGUGUUUGUGAUCAGGCGGUCGAAGUAG